AGAGCAGCAGCAGCACAAGCGGAGAAGCGGACGGGAACCAGUCCUGCACCCAGCGCUUCUCAGCGGGGAGGGGGUUUAAAACAGAACCUAGCCCAGCUGUUUGUUCUGUACCGCGAAACACACCCCCUUACCUUAAUACAGUGGUAAACAAUUAGCAUUAUUAGCAAGUCUUGGCCUCUGUUGUCGGUGUUAGAUAGAUAGGCGAAUAGAUAAAAAGCGAGGAUGUUGGUCCCCGCGGGAAGAUAAUGAAGGAGCUGCGCGUGUCGUUGCUGUGCGCCGUUUUAGCUCUCCUGUGCUGGCACUCUUGUCAUCAUGUUUAUUGUUCAGAAGAGAUCUCCUCUGGCCCAGGACUCCCUGCACAGGAUGACAGCCGUUACGCAACGCAGGAACCAGGGGCCGGCGAAAAUGUCGAAGAGGAAAGAGCAACUCACACUCAGUCAUCAUAUGACGUGGGCCUGGAAACAGAGAGAGCUGCUCUAAAGGAAACAUCAUUGCCCUCACAAGACGCCCCGCUCGAAGAGAAACACAAACAGACUGUGCAUUUGGAAGAAGUGUUGGAGGAGCAGCAGCUUCAGCUUGAGUCUCCUCUCCCUGUGCUAGAAGAACAACAACAACAACAGCAGCAGGAGCAACCAGAACCCCAGAGCACCCAACAAUCAGACCAACAACAAUCGGCUCAGCCACCAACAUCUACACAGCCCCAAACAGCACCGCCACUCUCCCAGCCCCAGCCAGACCCUGAAACUCCACAGCCCACUGCCACAGAGGACCAGGCUGCCCCUGCCUCUGCCGCUUUAACCCCUCCACAGACUGACCCGCACAGAGAAGACCCCUCUGCACCUUCUGCUGAACUCCAGAAGAGCCCAGAAGAGUCAGCGUCACCUACCUCAGUCGCCUCCUCCGACAGCUCCUCCAGUGGACUAGACGUUGCGCGUCCUGAUGCCCCUGUAGAGAACUCUAGUGCCAGUCAGUGUGAGGUGGGCUCUGUGCCCUCCUUCAGCCAGUCCCUUGGCAUCACGCUCCCCAGUGUUGUGGAGGAAAAUGCGGAGAAGCAAGCAGAGAACCAGUCUGCCACAUUGGGAGAACCGAGUACAGAGACCAGUGCUGACCCGAGUGAGCUGGACCUCACAGAGCUGGGGCAGAAAGCCAGUAUCCCUCCACCUUCACAAAGCCAACAGAUGAUGGACCACGAGGGAGCGACAGACCCUCCUGUGCCCAGUAAAGAGGACAUUCCCACUUUUGAUGAGUGGAAGAAGAAAGUGAUGGAAGUAGAGGAGAAGAAAAGUCUGUCUAUGCACACUUCAUCAAAUGGCAGCCCUCAUCCAGUCAAAAAGGUCCAAAAGAAUUUCAAGAAUAACUACGCUUCUGUCGAGUGCGGGGCCAAAAUCCUCUCGGCCAACAAUGAAGCCAAGAGCACGUCUGCCAUCCUGAUGGAGAACAUGGAUCUGUACAUGCUGAACCCCUGCAGUACCAAGAUCUGGUUUGUUAUUGAGCUCUGUGAGCCAAUCCAGGUGAAGCAGCUGGAUAUUGCAAACUUUGAGUUGUUCUCCUCUACACCAAAAGAUUUCCUUGUGUCUAUAAGUGACAGGUAUCCGACCAAUAAGUGGAUCAAGCUGGGCACCUUUCACGCCCGUGAUGAACGCACAGUACAGAGCUUCCCUCUGGAUGAGCAACUCUAUGCCAAAUAUGUCAAGAUGUUCAUCAAAUAUAUGAAGGUUGAGCUGCUUUCCCACUUUGGCUCUGAACACUUCUGUCCUCUCAGCCUGAUCAGGGUGUUUGGCACCAGUAUGGUGGAGGAGUAUGAUGAGAUCGCUGACUCUCAGUACACCUCAGAGAGAGCCGAGUAUUUGGAUGAAGACUAUGAUUACCCGCCCGGCUACCUGCCAUCAGAGGACAAGACUUCGAAGAAUCUGCUGGGGUCUGCCACAAACGCCAUCUUGAACAUGGUAAACAACAUCGCAGCAAAUGUGCUAGGAGGGAAACCAGAGCUAGAGGACGGAGCGGAAAUGGAAGGAAACGUUUCCACUGGGACAGAAAACGUCACACAGGCGUCAGCAGAAACCUCGCUCACGCCAGAACCCACCCCUACUGAACAGCCCUCUACGCUGGAUUUUCUUGAGCUGGAUCCCACUCUAGUGAAGGAGGACUUAGAGGUUCCUGUUCCUGAGGCUCCUUCAGAACCUCCCCCUGAGGAAAACCGUAUCGUCAUCCUCAUUGAGGAGGAAGAAGAGGCCACCCAGCCGACGGUGACCCUGCUGGAGGAGGAGCGCGAGGUGGAGAAGAGACUAGAGGAGAUUUGGGAGAAGGAGAGCGCCACGUACUGCGGCCACCUCUCGACUUUGUCCUGUUUGGCGUCUUUGCACGAACACUUCUAUUGCUACUGUUCGGCAGCUUUAGCACUACAGCGCCAGCGUAGAGACUGCCACCACAAAGCACCGCACACACACACCGAAACAGACUCUCAAACCACCCCUCAGCAGUCCCUCCCUGACACCACCCCAACCCAAGAGCCCCCGGCACCCUCUGAGAAACUUCCAGAAACAGAGCGGCCCUCAAAAGCACAAGCCGAGAGGAUUUCCCCUACUGAAACAGUGGCUCCUCCCCCUCAGUCCUCCAGUGGGGAGACUGCGGUGAGCGAGCAGGAGCUCCUAAUUGAGACUAUCCUGUUAGAGCCCAGUCGUACCUCCACCCUUCCCCCACACAGCCUCUCAGACACCCCCACCCAAAACAUCCCAGAGUCUCUACCCACAGGAGAGCCCAUGGACCAGCGUCCGCAGUACCUGGUAGACAUCCCAGAAACCCUUACUCCGGUCAGCAGCAGCCUCCUCUCUCCCAGUGCUGCCUCCUCUCCGCUCUCCUCCUCCACCACCACUGAACCCCACAGCCCAGAGACGGACCCUCCCAAACUGGAGCUCCCCGUCCCCACCAAAGAGCCGACGGUUCAGCCGUUGCCCACCCACACUCGCCCCGCUGAUAUCCCACCUCCGACUGAACUCCCCGUCCCGCUCCCAGAGGCCUCGGAUAACGGCAGGACCGCAGGGGUUGAAGAUCCUCACCACAGUGCUGUGGCCACCCAACCAGAGCUUUCCGAAGCCCCUCUGUCUCAGCAAGAGGAGACUGUAGAUGACAUUCUGCUCCCACACCGCACCGCCGGAGAGUUUUACGCAGAGCAGCAGCAUUCGGCGGAAAUGGGCCACGGGAAUGGAAACGGUAACGGGAAUCAUGUGCAUGGAUCCAACCAGAAGGAAUCUGUGUUCAUGAGAUUGAAUAACAGAAUUAAAGCACUAGAAAUGAACAUGUCCCUCAGCAGCAGAUACCUGGAGGAGCUCAGCCAGAGGUAUCGUAAACAGAUGGAGGAGAUGCAACGGGCUUUCAACAAGACCAUCAUCAAACUGCAGAACACCUCCAGAAUCGCAGAAGAACAGGACCAGAAGCAGACAGAGUCUAUACAGAUGUUACAGAGCCAGCUGGAGAACGCCACCAAGCUCAUGCUGAACCUGUCUGCCACUGUUGCUCAGCUACAGAGAGAGGUGUCUGACAGACAGAGUUACCUGGUGCUGUCUCUGAUCCUGUGUCUGACGCUGGGUCUGCUGCUCUGUAUGCAGUGCUGCAGGAGCUCACCCACUCACAAAACCAGCUCAAGCAUUCCCAUGAGCAACCACUACCCCAGCCCUAAGAGGUGUUUUUCCUCAUACGAUGAUAUGAGUCUGAAACGGAGAGUGUCUUGCCCUCUCGUCCGUUCAAAGUCAUUUCAGCUGCCCACAUCAGAAGUAGGUCCUGAUGACUUGUACAUUGUAGAACCUCUAAGGUUUUCUCCAGGGAAAAAGAAGAAACGCUGCAAGACAAAAGGAGGGGAGCGAGUGGAGACGCUCCAGGCCUCCGUCCCCUCAGCGACGGUUGUUAAUGACGGUGAAUCAUCAUCUUUUCAAUUCCUGCCAUCACCGUGCAACGGCUGUGUGUCCACCUGCUCGUCCAGGGACUGUGUGUCCGAGGGCAGCUCCGAGAGCUCUGCUUCUACACUGUCUGAGGAGUCCUUCAGCUGCGCCCCCUCCAUGAACGGACACGACCCAAACCUGUGCAACGGCGAGCCCCCGGCGCUUUUCCCUCCAGCCAAGAGCAAGACGGAGAAGAGGUCGCUGAAACGACGCAAGUCUAGGAACGCUGAGCAGCAGGAGGCCCUGCGUGUGGGGGAGAUACUGCACGCAUCACUUCCUGUGACGGUCAUGCCCACGCUGGAGGAACUCAUGAAGGGGAAGGCGGAUCUGGCCGUGGCCACUUUCGGAAGGACAGCUGUAACAGGACGAGUUUGAGUUCUUAUGCCACCAUCUUUCCUUUUCUUGUUCCAUCUCACCACCGUUUUGAGAUUUUAUUGUGAGCGCUGAUCCUGACGCCGCCUUCACUACAUCCUGGUUCUCUGAACUAUGUGCCUUUUUUUUAUCCAAUCAGGAUCGUUUUUUUUGUUAUUCCCUUUAAUUUGUUUUUAUUCUUCUGGGAAGGUUCUGACUGCUAAACAUUCACAAGUAUGAAUGAGACUUGAUUUGAUGUUCUCUGAACAUACAUACGGCUCGUGCAAAUGUGGCUCUGCGUCACCGUGACCAGGAGUUUAGACGGGGAACGUGUGGACGGUCCGAUUUCAAUUCCGGCAAACACAUUCAACGGGUUUCUUUACACUAACACGACCCUCUUUCACUGUCCCUUUAAUGCUCUCGCUCUCUCGUUCCCUUCCUCGGUGGAAGUAUAAAUCGUGUACAUUUGAGUGUGUGUCAUUGUUUGUGGUUGGUUUGUGGGACCAGUGAUGUCACAUAGCACAGGGCUUCAAUCCAGUGAACAGAGCUGAAUGAUGAACAGAUCCAGUUCAUGUUGAUUCUGUCUUUAUUUCCUCUUUUAGGGGGUAAAUUAAAGCCUUUUAAUUAGACCAACGAGUCGUGGCUAUUCAUACCUGAACAUGUACAGAUUGUGACGCACACAACAGUGUCUCAUGUUCAGUCUCCAGCUUUUUCAAGCAUGUUUACAGCUCAUUUUCUUCGUGUUCAGUGUAGCCGUCAUAAAAAAAGACGCAUGCAGAUAUUCACUUUUUACAUUUUUAUUCACUUUAUAUGUACACAGGGACGUUGUAGGGGACAUUCUGUUAUGUUAGUGGUAAUUAUUUAUGUAUUUAUUUAUUUAAAUGUGACCCUGGCUCAAUGAGAUUGUGGUCAUGUGACAUGAGAUACGGUAGCCCCUCCCUCCUCCAUGUUUGAGAUUUAUUACAGAUACUCACGAAUGGUACAGACAGCGUCUUUCUGUUCUCUAAAGUCUGUGCACCCUACCUUUUUUUUUUGAGAUAGCUGGAUUCUGAUUUUGACAUUUUUAUAUUGGAUGUUUGAUUUAUUUUAUUAUUUUGCCUUCAAAUCAGAUUUCAAUAUCAAAUGAGGCAUCAGAUAAACCCGUGAUCAUGGCGAUGUUGUGAAUCUGAUUGGCUCAGCUUCUGUUUGACCCUUCUGGCUUGUCCUCGGCUGGAUCUGUUCGGAUGAGCUUUGAGUUACUGGAUUCGGGGGGAAAUCGUAAAAAUGGCCGAGCUCUCGUUGUUGUGCAAAUAUUAUGCAUGAGUCCAGCAAAGCAACCGUGUGGUUUGUCCUACCUGUCAUGUACGUGUAAAGUUUAUCUGUGUGUGUGUGUCCAGCAUCUUCUCUAGUCACACACUCCGUGUCCCUAUUAACACACUUAUGUAUUUGUGUGUUUGCUGCUUUCUUAGUUCUUUUUAAUGCACCUAAUAGACCAUUUGGCAUCCCAGCUGUGCGGGGUCUUGUGUGUUGUGUAAGAUUGUAAGUGUUUUUUUCAUGCAGAUGAUCCCAUCAUUGACCUUUUAUCAAACUCUGGGCUUUAGAGAAUGUGAAUCAACAACACUAUUUCAAUAAAAGGGAAAGAUUGGGAUGGCGUGCGAUGGACCAUCUCUGUGUGAUUUCCAUGAUAUAUGUUCCACUUUAAAACGUUUUCUCCUUUUUGAAUGGAAAUUGGUAUAUGCUUGGGGAAUUUGUUUUUGUCUGGAUGUUUUUUUUUUUCAUGCAGUGUGUGUGUGUGUUGAAUAUAAUUUCCGGUACCCCAGUGAGUAGAGACCGGAGAUGUUUGGAGAACUCCACACAUGCCUUUGUUUUUCUACACCACACCUUGUACAAGUGCUUUUCGCCGCAGGCUUCCUUUAGAACGGCGCCCUCUAGUGUCUAAUGCUUGAUUUAUUUAAACGUCCGCUAGGUGGCGCCCAGAUGAAAUCUCAUAACCUGUGAGGACGAACUGCACAGUAUUUGAUUUUCUUUUCUUAUUUUUUUUUUUUCAGUUGUAACUACAGCAUUGUAGUGCCAUUAGAAACUGUGAAUUUAUAAAUAAACAUUUCGUUGUCUUUA